UUUUUAGAUCAUUUAUUUUAUACAGAUAUUAAUAUUUUAGCUAUUUUUCUCUUCAGAGAAGCCUGCUUUGGUGGAGGCUUCAAGACUGGAAGCUCUUUUUUAGAUAUUGAAGCUUUUGGCAGAAACUCUGGCUCUAGCUCUGGCUCUGGCUCUGGUUCUAGCUCUGGCUCUGGCUCUGACUCUACUUUUAAUUAA